CGCCCGUCCCCGUCACCGCCGCCCGUUCCCCUCGUCUGCCCGCAGACGAACGUCGACCCAAGACCGACCCUCGACCCCCAUUCAACCACCGCCGACAAGAUGCAGACCCGCUUGUUCCUCGUCCUCCUCGCGCUCUUCUGCGCCCUCCUCAUCGACGUCGCCUCCGCCACCCCCGUGCGCGUCGUCAACGAGCGCCGCGUCGCAAAGCGCUCCCUCAGGCAGUUCGAGAUGAAGCGCCACGACGUCUCGACCCCGUCCCGUCCCGCGAAGCGCAGCGAGCCCUCGCAGGUAUGGAAACGCGGAGAGCCCUCCCAGGUGUGGAAGCGGGGUGAGCCUUCCCAGGUGUGGAAGCGGCAUCAUGCCCGCACCCACCCAAGCGUGAAUGCGCUAAGCUCGCGCUUUGGGCUCCCCGAUGAUAGACUCAUUAAUGAAUUCUUGCUUGCUUCAUGCGUGCUUCUCGCUUCGGCGGAUGUCCAAUGAUGCUACCACUAUAUCGUUACACCAUAGACUCUUUAGACCCAAAACUCUAGACCCUCCUAACCAAUCGCUGCUCGCCUCCGACCUACGAUACUCCGCUCGUUCCCUCUCAUGAGCAUGGACACAAUCAGUUUCGUUCCGGUACGGCUCCGAGUAGGCAUACUUCUAUUAACGACGGACCUCUUGCUACACUAGCGUACUGUACCCGAGGAGUGUGUUGGCAUCGUGUCUUCGUCCUUUCCUUACGGUAUGGGAC